CCGAAAAGGUUCGAGGCGAAAGAUGUUAUCGCCGGCAGCGGAGGAUACCUUCGUGCAGUGCUUCUGACAAAGUGGAAACAGUACUUGAGCGAUGGGCUGCGGCUCAUCCAUGGAGACACAGACGAAUCCUAUCGUCACGGAGGUCAGCUCAGCAAUGCAGUCGCGCCAAAAUGGUGCACCAGCAGUAAUGAACAUUGUGGAGCAGUAUGUACGACUAGACGAACAGAUAUCUAAAUUGGAGGGCACAUGCCCGGGUCCGCGGAUGGCCACCGCCGAGGCCUGGGUGGAACAUCUACGGAGCAAGCACGAGGCCAUGUUAGGACUCGAGGGCAUGGACCUGCCUACGAUACGGGACAGAGAGAAGGAUAGGGUGAGGGAAACCGAUCCGGAGGAAGCGCUGCCCUUGCCAAGCUACCCUAUGGGCCGGCAGGGCAAUCAAAUUGUGGCCAACACACCUACCAAGGACCUCGCACAGUUGGCCUAUAACCUGGGCGUGAUUGGCGAUGCCCGAAAGGCUUCCAUGCACGAGGAUUUCUUUGCCAACCUGAGCGACUCGGCUAUGUAUUUGCUCAGCAUACGAUAUUACGGAGAGCUGUUGGAGCACAGUAAAGAGCGACUGAAGACCCUGAUGGAGAGCUAUGCGGAUCUGAAUGAACUAUAUGUAAAGCAGGACGGUAUCAUAGCUUACAUAAGCGGUGGUACAUACAUGACCCGACUGGAGGAAAGCAUCGAUGAACAGCUGGAGACGGCCAGGGACACGAGAGAUAAGUUGGGCAGUGCCUUGGAGCAGUGGCGAAUCUGUGGCCUGCUGUUGAGAGCUUCGGCAAACUCCGCCACCCAGGGUCUAAAGCAGUGGCGACAGCUAACCAGGAUAAUCGAUCCCAAGCAGAAGCUCCAAUGGGCCUUGGACAGCCGCAGCUUAUUACACGCCUCGAUGGUUUCUUUGGAUGCGGCACAGCUGGCUCUGCCGCAUGUAGAACUAAAGUACAUGAGUCACCGCCAGGUACUGGCCGUCAAGCACUGCAAUACCUACCUUAUCACAGACAUAGCCAACAAGGCGCGGUAUGAGCACACCACUCGCGUCUUUACAAGUUACGAGUCCAAUAUCUCCAAAGCCUGCACGUGGCUGUACGAUACAUUUAACAACACCCUACGCAGUGACUUUGAAAAAGCGGAGGAAACUGUUUGUGGAUUGGCUAAGACCCUGAGGGAUCAUCGGGAGGAAGUCUUUAGCACAGUCCAAAAAUGACAAACAACUAUAAAGCUCAACGAAC